AUGAUUCGUCUUUCUCUAACCCAACCGGCAACGAUACUCCACACUUUCUCCUCACACAAUCCCAACCGGUUCAAGCUUUUCUCGAAAAACUCGUUAUUUUCCGAUUCAAGGAGGAGGAAUUCAUACAUGGCGCCGCCGAUUCUCUCUCUAGCUCUUCCUUCCGAAACCGGUCGUGUACUCAGUAUUCAAUCUCACACUGUUCAGGGUUAUGUUGGAAAUAAAUCAGCUGUUUUUCCUCUGCAACUUUUGGGCUUUGAUGUGGAUCCAAUUCAUUCUGUGCAGUUUUCCAAUCACACAGGAUAUCCAUCAUUCAAGGGCCAGGUUUUAAAUGGACAGCAACUCUGGGAACUUAUUGAAGGUCUUGAAGCUAAUGAUUUAUUGUACUACACUCACUUAUUAACAGGUUAUAUUGGUUCAGUUUCUUUUCUCAAGACUGUAUUGGAUGUUGUCUCCAAGCUUCGCUCAAUAAACCCUAAGCUGACAUAUGUAUGUGAUCCAGUGUUGGGUGACGAAGGAAAGCUUUACGUUCCAGAAGAGCUGGUGACGGUGUACCGUGAGAGGGUUGUUCCACUGGCUUCAAUGUUGACUCCCAACCAGUUUGAAGCAGAAUUACUGACAGGACUCAGAAUUCAGUCGGAAGAAGAUGGUCGAGAAGCUUGUAACUUACUUCAUGCAGUUGGACCUUCAAAGGUUGUUAUUACAAGUAUAAAUAUAGAUGGGAGACUUCUCCUCAUUGGCAGCAGUUUAAAGGAAAAGGGACAAACUCCCAACCAAUUUAAGAUUGCAAUCCCCAAAAUAGAAGCUUAUUUUACGGGAACAGGAGAUCUCAUGACUGCGCUUCUUCUCGGUUGGAGCAAUAAACACCCAGACAAUUUUGAGAAGGCUGCGGAACUUGCAGUUUCAAGCUUACAGGCACUUUUGCAAAGGACACUUAAUGAUUACAAACUUGCUGGACAUGAUCCCAAAUCAUCCAGUUUAGAGAUCAGGUUAAUUCAGAGCCAGGAUGAUAUUCGCGGUCCGGAAAUCAAAUUCAAAGCUGAAAUAUACAGCUAA